UCCCUCUUUGCCUCUUCUCCAACUUCUUCAGGGAGCCUUUGUUUCUCUCCUCCAAUUGUCAUGUGUACAGGGAAGUGUGCCCGAUGUCUUGGGCUCAGCCUUAUUCCACUGUCCCUCAUCUGCAUACUGGCCAAUAUCCUCCUUCUGGUGCCCAACGCGGAGACCAAGUGGACUGACCAUCUCAGCAAGCAUGUGUGGUUCAUGGCAGGCUUUCUUGGCGGGGGCCUUUUGGUACUAUGCCCUGGAAUAGCUGCUGUUCGUGCUGGGGGCAAAGGGUGCUGUGGAGCUGGCUGCUGUGGAAAUCGUUGCCGGAUGCUGCGCUCCGUCUUCUCUUCUGCUUUUGGGGUUCUUGGGUCCCUUUAUUGCCUCUCGGUUUCCGGAGCAGCGCUUAACAUCGGGCCCCGAUGCCAGACAAAAGACAACAACUGGAACUAUCCCUUCGAAAACAUCGACUCGAAUUACCUGAGUAACAGUACGCUGUGGGAGCUGUGCCAGAACCCUCCGAACGUGGUGGCGUGGAACGUGGGGCUGUUCGCGAUUCUGUCUGCGGCAUCGGCCCUGGAACUAGUGCUAUGCGGCAUACAGCUAGUGAACGCUGCCAUAGGAGUGUUUUGCGGGGAUUGCCGGAAAAGAGGAGAACCAUGAGCUUUGAAGCUGUAGGAGACAAGUCCCUGCCAGAACGCCUUCUCGAAGAAAUCUGGGAACGGGAUGGGUUGUCUCCACCCCUCUUUUUCCUCCAUCAGCUAAAAUAAAGUAUCCUUGAUUCGCACCA